CCGUAGAAGAGUGGAUGCCAUGUGAAGAAACUGGAUGCAACUUUUUGUAAAGUGCUGCAAGAUGUUUUUGAAACAUCCUAGUGUUCCCUUUGAACUGUACAUAUUCUGAUUGCACUUGUUAGCAUUGUGCUUUUAACACUUUCCUAUGUUUCAUUUUAUGGUAAACUGCAACACUUGACUUCAAUGGUUUUGUCACUGGCCUGUAUAUGCUUUGACGAGUACUUCAUGGUCUCUCUUUGUAUAUGAAGAUUUUAUUAUGACGUUUAUUUGAUUGUUUAUAUAGUUUUCUCAGAUCAGUCAGCUGCGACCUCCAUAGCUCUACAACAGAACUGCACUCCAGAUAAAGGUGCCAGUGCAUUCAAAAUGUAAAAGUGAAGGAGGGUGAUCUCCCUGCAGAAUGGAGGCUGUUAUACAACAUAUACAAUAUGUUAUUUAACACAGUAAGAUCAUUCUUUAUACUGGUUUUGUGUUUGUAAAUAAACCUGAUUGGAUUUUUUCUCUUGUAUAUUGUGCCGCAUACUUUACUUUACUGUUACUUGAGUUUUACUCACAACUUCCAAAGAGAUAACUAUAUCACGCCCUAUCUUGUUUAUUUUAGUUGUAGGUUUUCAUCUGUCCACUAGAUGUCACCUUUCCCUCAGUUUAUCAAUCACUAGCCGUUAUUCAAAUCACCUUUUUAAAUCUGAAUUGGAACCUUUGCGGCGUCGUGUUUUUGUACGACUUUUUCCGAGUAUUACCAGUCUUACUGUCUGUCUGUCUGUGUACGUCUGACUGCAGGUAAGAGCGAGACGCCCCCGGCCCGUAAAGCGAUCCUGACACCAUGAAUAAUGGAGGGCGCCGUGGCAGAGAGGAUAAGUUCUCUGUUCAAGGCUCCUUUUUCACAGGGCUUUCUCCCAUGCACCACGUGACUGCUGAGGUGACAGUAAUUUUUCAUGAGUACUGUGUGUUUGUUGUAUGGACACAUACUGCCCAGGAAGGCGUUGUCCAGUUAGUCAUCACUCUGUAUGCACAUGCUUACCUGGCACCCCCUUCUGCCGUACACACCCAGGCUGCUCCAAACCCCAUCAUCCUGGAGCCUCCUCGCAGCCAAAGGGUCAAAUGAAUUGUCUUACAACCUCAGAAACAUAAGGCAGCAUUUGUGAAACCAAAGGUGAGGGAAGUGGAUAAAUAAAAGAUGCCGACGAAACAGAAAAAAUCCACACCUUCAGAUGACACUGAAGAGGUGGAUGACGAAGUGGACGAGACGGAGCUGAAGGAAAACAAUCGGAGUAAUAGUGAGACACGGGGGAACACCAGGAAAGGAGAAAAGAGUCGGAAGAAAAACAAGAGUUCAGAGAGGUCUGACACUGAGGAGACCUCAAGAAAGGAGGAGAGAGGUGAAAAAAUAAAAGAAAAAAAAAGGAAAAAGAAGGUUGAUGAAAACUCUGACGCUUUGAUUGAAAAAGAAGCCGAAGAAGAGGAGCAGAACAACAAUGAUCCAAACAGCGUUUCCAAAAAGAAGAAAGAGAAGCUCAAAGACGAAGUGUCUGAGGAAGUGAAGGAGGAAAAGAAGAAAAAAAAGAAGAAAUCCUCACAGGAGGAGGAGGAGAUGGGCUCCAAGGAUAAAAAGUCAAAAGAAGGCAAGAAGAAGAAGAAAUCUCACGAGGAUGAGGAGCCCUUGAUUGAGGAGAUAGCAGAGGAGGAGGAGGACUCGAAGAAAAAGAAGAAGAAGAAGACAAAGAAGGGUUCGGCGGACAGUGAUGAAGACAAGAAGAAAAAGGGGAAAAAGUCCAAAAAUAAGCAGGUGGACUAUGCGGUCAUCUACCAGAACGAGUUAUUAAACUACCACACAGACUCAUCUGAUGGAUAUGAGGAUGAGUAUUUCAAAAAGAAAGUGUACGAAGUGGUCGCUGUCACAGGUGAUGUAAAGGGAGCCGGCACUGAUGCCAAUGUGUUUGUCACCCUGUUUGGAGACUUUGGCGUCACCCCUAAAAUUCACCUGGCAAGCAAAAGCAGAACGGCAUUUGAGAAGAAUAAGACCGAUGUGUUUCGCAUAAAAACUCACAAUGUGGGACCCCUGAAGAAGCUGAGGAUUGAACAUGACAACACAGGGAUGAACGCCAGCUGGUUCCUGGACAGGGUGGUCGUGACCGACAUGAACCGACCACAUCUGCGCUUCUACUUCGCCUGCAGUAACUGGCUGAGUCGGGAGGAGGGUGACAACCUGUUUGUCAGGGACCUGCUGGGCAGCCUGAACCCCAUGGAUGUCCCAAAGUUGAACAAAUACAUUGUGAGUGUGUUCACUGCUGAUAUGAAGGGGAGUGGAACCGAUGCUGAUGUCUUCUUAAAUAUCUUUGGAGAAAACGGAGAUUCAGGAGAGAGACGACUGGACAGUGACAAGGACAACUUUGAACGUGGCUCAGAGGACAAGUUCACGAUAGAAGCUCCAAACCUGGGAAGACUGAAGAAAAUCACCAUCGGCCACAACAACAGAGGUUCUUCAGCUGGAUGGUUUUUGGACAAGGUGGUGAUCGACGACAUGGGGAACAAGGAAAUGUACGAGUUCCCAGUUAAUAACUGGUUCGCUAUGGAUGAAGGCGAUGGCAAAAUACAGAGAGAUUUGCUGGUGGGAUCAGUGCAACCUACGGGAAUCAUAUACAACGUGCAGGUGAUGACUGGAGACCUGAGAGGCGCAGGCACCAACUCUAAAAUCCACCUGGUGAUGCACGGCUACAAGGGGCUUAAAAACAGUGGCAAGAUCUUCCUGGAGGGAGGGGCCUUUGAGCGGGGCCUCAUCGACAUUUUUAACGUGGAAAUUUGUGAACUGAUCAGCCCACUGAGCCGAGUCACUAUUGGACAUGACAACGGGGCAGUUGGUGCCGGAUGGUUCUGUGAAAAGGUGGUGAUUUACUGUCCAUUCACCGGCAUCGAGCAGACGUUUCCAUGUGGGACGUGGCUGGAUGAGGAUGAGGGGGACGGACUGAUCGAGAGGGAACUGUAUGAGAUGGUGUCCCUCAGACAGAAGAAACAGAAGAAGUUCCCGUGGUCUCUGUGGAUCUGGACCUCGGAUGUGAAGGGGGCCGGGACAGACGCCCAGGUUUUUCUACAGAUCUAUGGAGAAAAAGGCAAAUCUGAUGAAAUCAAACUGGAAAACAACUCAGACAGUUUCGAGCAGGGCCAGCUUGAUAAGUUCAUGAUUGAGAUGCCAGACAUUGGACGACUGCUGAAGCUGCGCAUCUGGCAUGAAAAAAGACAUCCAUUUGCUGGGUGGCAUUUAGCAAAGGUCACUUUGCUAAAGACCCUGACGAAUGAGAAAUAUUCUUUUGAAUGCGGCCGAUGGCUGGACAUCAAUGAAGACGACAAUGAAAUUGUCAGAGAGCUUCCAGCCACAGGAGCUCUCAGCGAGGAGCCUCUGCCCUUAAUAAAGUACAGAGUCACCAUCUGCACCGGUAACGUCAGCGGUAGCGGCACUGACGCCACCGUCUUCCUCAACGUCAUCGGUGACCUCGGAGACACGGGGGAGCGGCUCAUGAUUAUGAGCAAAAACAAUGUCAACAAGUUUGAAAAGGGCAACCACGAUGAGUUCCUGAUUGAAGCAGUAUUUUUGGGCCUAGUGAAUAGAGUGCGAGUUGGCCAUGACGGUCGUGGAGGCGGCUGUGGUUGGUUCCUGGAUAAAGUCAUGGUCAGGGAGGAGGGACAGCCAGAGAGUAUGGCUGUUGAAUUCCCCUGUGACAGGUGGUUGGACCGUAAUGAGGAUGAUGGACAGAUAGUCCGGGAGUUAGUUCCAGCUGGAGAUGGUCUACGUCUCUUCAACGUCAGCUACCACAUAUCCAUCAAGACAGGAAAUGUAAACGGGGCCAGCUCUGACUCCAGGGUGUUUGUGAAGCUGUACGGUGAGAAGGGCGACACCGAUAAGGUGAUACUUGCUGUGUCCGAUAACGACCUCAGGAACUACUUUGAGACCGGUCGCACAGACACUUUCACCAUCGAAACCUUUGACAUUGGAAAGGCGAGUCCUCCAGAUGAAAAUGCACUUGAGAACAUGGUGAACAGUUCAAGAACUUCUGUUGUUCCUAAAGUUGUCGUAUUUUUUCAGAUAAACCGUCUCCUUAUCGGUCACACCAACGAGGGCCUGAGGGCAGGAUGGUUUCUGGACAGCGUGCAGAUCUCAGUGCCGGUCCAUGGGCUGCAGUACAUGUUCCCCAGUCAUCGAUGGCUCUGUAAAGACGAGGCUGAUGGAAAAGUGGAGGUUGAGAUCUAUCCCAGUGAAAUUCUGGACAUUGAACAAUUGAUCAACUAUGAAGUAACCGUGGUAACUGGGGACGUUCGCGCAGGUGGCACCAAUGCCAAUGUUUUCUGUCAGAUCUACGGAGACGCAGGGAAAACGGAGGUUCUCGCACUUUUGAGUCGGUCCAACAACUUUGAACGCAACACUGUUGAGAUCUUUAAGAUUGAGGCUCAGGACGUUGGAAAGAUCUACAAGAUACGCAUCUAUCAUGAUGGGAAGGGCAUCGGAGACGGCUGGUUCCUUGAGUCAGUGGACAUAAAAAAACUGACCACAGCAAUGGUACAAGUUGAGGUGAAGAAGGAGGAGCCGAAGAAAGACAAGAAGAAGGACAAGAAAAAGAAAAAGAAAGAGGAAGAGGAGGAGGUGGAGAUAAUUGAGCAGCUCAAGGAAGUGGUGGAGACUUUUUCCUUUCCUUGUGGCCGCUGGCUGGCCCGAGAUGAGGAGGACGGAGAGAUAGUGGUUGAGCUGCUGUCAGAGGACGAUGAAGACCUGGAGAUAAACUCAUAUGAGGUCCACGUGUUCACGGGAAAUAUGUGGGGGGCUGGAACUGAUGCCAAUGUUUACGUCAACAUCUACGGAGAGACUGGUGACACAGGCGAGCGGCGACUUAGGAAAUCCAACAACUUAAACAAGUUUGAGAAAGGCCAGGUGGACAUUUUCAGCAUCACAGCAGUUGACCUGGGUGUCCUGAAGAAGCUCCGAAUCCGACAUGACAACAGUCAGGCCAGCGCUGGAUGGUUUUUGGACAGGGUGGAGAUUGUGGAUGAAAAAGAUGACACCACGUACUUUUUCCCAUGUAAACGUUGGCUUGCUGUUGAUGAAGAUGAUGGACAGCUGGCCAGAGAGCUGGUUCCUGUGGAUGAGGCCUUUAUGAAGAAGGGGGAUGAUGAUGAUGAGGAAGAGUCUGAAGCCACACUUGGUCUGGAACAAAAAGCGAUGUCAACCACAUACACAGUACAGGUGAAAACUGGAGAUAAAAAAUAUGCAGGAACAGAUGCCAAUGUUUUUAUGAUCCUGUAUGGAACAAAGGAUGAUACGGGGAUCAUUAAUCUAAGGGCCUCGAAGACUCACAAGAACAAGUUUGAAAGAGGUAUGAUCGAUGAGUUCACUGUGGAAGCUGUCGACCUGGGCCCUCUGAAGAAGCUGCGUAUUGGACACAACAACUGUGGAGGAGGAUCAGCCGGUUGGUUCCUUGACUGGGUGGAGGUCGAUGCCCCGUCUAUGGGACAGAAAUUGCGCUUUCCCUGCGGUCGUUGGUUGGACAAGGGGGAGGACGAUGGCGUCAUCGUCAGGGACCUCUUCAUUAAUCCUCUCCAGACACAGCUUUACACACCUUUUGUUCCCUAUGAGAUUAAAUUCUUCACCGGUGACCUGUUUGGAGCUGGCACAAAUGCAGAUGUCUUCAUCGUCCUGUAUGGUAGAAAUGCCGUGUGCACACAGCAAAAGUCACUCUGUGUAAACAAGAGGGAAAGGAAGAUGUACUUUGAAAGAGCAGCCGAAGAUAUGUUUAUUGUUGAGUUACAAGAUGUGGGGGAUGUAAUUGAAAAGAUUCGAAUCGGUCAUGACAACCGCGGGGUGAACCCAGGCUGGCAUCUGGACAGGGUGGAGAUCAGGCGACUGCUGAGAAAGGGGAAGGGAUCAGAGACCGUCAUCUUCCCAUGUGAGCGCUGGCUGGCCAAGUCAGAGGAUGAUGGAGAGAUUAUCAGGGAACUGGUGCCUUCUGACAUCAUCACUGAGAAGCUGUUACGAGAUGGAAAUCUGAAAGUCAAUGAAGUGGAAGUUGAGGAUGCACUUGAAACUCAUACAUAUAAAGUGUCAGUGAUGACGGGUGAUUUGAACGGAGCUGGAACUGAUGCCAAUGUCUUCCUGACAAUUUAUGGUGACCUCGGUGACACCGGGGAGAGGAAACUCGGCAAGUCGGAAACAAACAACAACAAAUUCGAACGAGGAUGUGUGGACAAGUUCACAAUAGAAGCAGUGGAUCUCGGACAGGUGUUUAAGAUAAAAAUCCGGCAUGAUAACAGUAUGAUGAACGCAGACUGGUACCUGGACCAGGUGGAGGUGUUGGACGUGGACACGGAGGAGGUUUUCCUCUUCUUAUGUGAACGCUGGUUGUCCAGGAAGAGGGAGGACAGACUGAUCCAAAGAGUCUUCUAUGUAAAGGGAUAUGAAGGAGUGAGGGAGAGUGUAAACAGCAGGAAGAGCUCUGCUCUCUCGGUGAAGAGUGUUGACAGUAACAUGAAUAAAAAGAACAAAAAGAAGAAGGAUGAAGAGCAGACGGAGCUUCCAAUCAUACCUUACCACGUUAACAUCUGCACCGGAUUGGAACGAGAUGCCAACACCACCAGUCGGGCUUAUGUGAUCAUUAUCGGGGCCAAUCACACCCAGACAGAGAGGCUGUGGCUGGACCUGCCUGAUGGAAGGAAGGGCUUUGAGGCUGGCUCUCUGGAGAGCUUUGAGUCUCAUGGUUUAGAUGUGGGAGAGAUGAAAAAGGUGGAGCUGGGCCAUGAUGGGGCCACUCCUGAGAGCUGCUGGCUGGUUGAUGAGCUGUCGGUCGCAGUGCCAACCAAAGGAGUCAAAUAUAUUUUUUCUUGCAAGUGCUGGCUGGCCAAAGAUCGAGGAGAUGGUCUGACUGCUCGAUUAUUUAAUGUUCUGGAUGCAGAGGCCGUUUUCAUCUCUCAGAAGGUUAUCUACGAGGUGACGGUGGUAACGGGAGACGUGCAAAACGCCGGGACAGACACUCAGAUCUUCAUGUCUGUGUUUGGGGUCAAUGGCAGCACAGAAGAGAUGCUGCUGGAGAAGAAUGAGGACAGGUUUGAGCGCGGUCAGGAGGACACUUUCAACAUGGAGAUUGAUGACAUCGCUCCUCUGAAGAAGAUGAGGCUCCGCAUCGACGGAUCUGGCAGUCGACCUGACUGGUUUGUGGACAAGGUGAUCAUGCGUAACUUGACCACAGAGGAGGUUUCUGUGUUCACCUACGAGGAUUGGCUGUCCAAGACGCGAGGACCCAAGAGGACCAUGAUCUGUGAGAUGGCGGCUGUAGUCGAUGAGGAGAUAAUGGUGGAGCUCACCACCUACAUCGUUCAGGUCAAGACCAGUGAUGUGGCAGGAGCUGGUACUGAUGCCAACGUUUGGGUCAUCAUCUUCGGUGAGAACGGGGACACGGGGACACUGGCACUGAAAGAAUGCAACAAGUCCAACAAGUUUGAGCGAAAGCAAGUGGACACAUUUCGCUUCUCAGAAAUCCUCAGCCUGGGAGAACUCUCCAAAAUAAGAGUCUGGCAUGACAACACAGGACUUGCUCCAGGAUGGCAUUUGGAUUACAUCGAUGUAAAGGACGAGCUCCUGGACAAAACCUUUCGUUUCCCUUGUGACCGCUGGCUCGCCAAGAAUGAUGAUGACGGGCAGAUAAUGAGAGAACUGGCCUGCGCUAACAACGACUACUUAGACCUCAACGAGAAGACCAAAUAUGAAAUUUGUGUCAAAACUGGAGACACAGCGGAGACCAAAGAAAACGUCUGGAUUGUUCUUGAGGGGAAAAAAGGAAGAUCAAAAGAAUUCAUAAUGGAAAAUUCCUCCAAGAAGAAAAGGUUCUUAAGGGGAAAUGUUGACCGAUUUGAUUUUUCGUCCAAGAAUGUGGGAGACAUUGUUGGUAUCUGUCUGGGUCACAUUCCUAAAGAUGGAAAGAAGGUGAAGGCGGAGGCUCACUGGCAUGUGGAGGAAGUGGCCAUCACUGAGAAAGAACUAGGAAACAAGUACGUCUUCAGCUGCAACGCUCUCAUCCCUCUCUCCACUAAGAGAGACGACCCAAUGACCUUCGAGUGCACCAAGACAUUUGAGAGCUUCGCCAGCAAAGCUCGAAGCCUGGUCCCCAUCAAGUACGAGAUCAUCGUCAUCACAGGUGACGAGAAGGGAGCAGGAACCGACGCCAAUGUUUUCAUCACCAUCUACGGCUCCAACGGAGAUUCGGGCCGCCGGCAGCUGCGGCAGAAGUUUCGCAACCUCUUCGAACGGGAGCAGACGGAUCGCUUCCUGCUGGAAAUGUUGGACAUGGGAGAGAUGCAGAAACUCCGCGUGGAGCACGACAACUCGGGGCUCAGUCCUGGUUGGUUGCUGGAUCGUGUGGAGGUGACAAACACGGCCAAUGGUGUCACCACCAUUUUUCUCUGUGGCAAAUGGCUGGAUACGAAGAGGGCUGAUGGGAAAAUCAGCAGAGUCCUGUUCCCGAAAUACUGAGCACAGUUAGAACAGCGUUCCCAAUGUUAAAGAUUAUUGACCAAAGAGAUUUUUUGUUUUGUUUUUUUAUCUCACAAACUGAGACAGAUUUUUAUAUAUAAACCUUUUUUUUUAAAUGAUCAUUCAGAUAUUUUAUUACGUAAACGCAUAAAAAUUCAGCUUUUACUGGAAUUAUUAAAAUACACCAAUGUGCCAUUCUUUUUAAAUACAAGGAUGGUUUGUUUACCCGUUUUGUCAAAACGAACAUUUUAUAACGUAUUAAAGUGUUUUUUAGUACUGUGGUUGACUCUCCAAUGGAUCUAUAAACAACUGAAACGAAAUAGUUUUUGCUCUAAAAUGGAGGUGAUACUCUUCAUGCCGUGAGCCUUUCACAGUCUUCCAGCUCACUCUAUUACUGUUGUUACUCAGCCAGAUUUGCAGCGUGUGUCAGUUUCACCUCAUUGCUCUUAACAAGCUAUUUUAAGUCACAGCCACUGCUCUCUUGAGUUUAAAGUGUUUUUUUUUUUUACUCCUUUUAAACUCUGAAUCUGCUGAAGAUAACAGUACAUUUGUUUUUUGUGUCGUUUAGAGCCGUUCGUCCACCAAUCAACCACUCAGUGUGAAGGACGAACGAGUGUAGAUGUGAGAGUAGGAGACUCUGCAGAGUGAAAACCGACGACGAGGAGAGGAGGAAGAAGGAAAGACGAGUGAGGGAAUAAAUGAAUCCUGGACGCAGACAUAAGUAAGAGGAAGAGAGAGUGCCCCCAGCAGUCUAGGCCUAUGGUUAGAUGGAGUCAGCAUGUACAGGAUCCAUACAAGGAGCUGGUUCUAAAGUUGAGAAACUGUUACGUCAUGAGAAGCAGCCAGAACCCAAGUGCAGUAACUCAUGACAAUGAUCCUGGAAGACAGAGUGAGGAGAGAGAGAUAGUUCACACCCAGGGCACCAGGUGACACGAGUACCACUAAUGACAGAGACACAGGUGAGUGUGAUCCCACUGAUUAAGUCAAUAACACACAGGAGGAAAAGAGAGAGAGAGAGAGAGAGAGCUCACAGAAACCUGGUAGAAAGACGUUACCACUGCCGUUCCUAAUUUUCAUCCUUUGGGGGUACAACAAGAACAAAUUUUGUCCACUACAUCACAGCAUGGGGGAUCUGAGAAAUUGCAUUGAAUGGAAUGUAACCAAGAUCCACAGCACCACAUGAGGGAAAAAGAGAGCGAGAGACAGACAAAGAGAGAGAGAGAGAAAGAGAGAGAGAGAGUGAGAAGGCUCAUUAGCUUAGCCUCGGACAGUAAACAUCACACAGCCGGCUUGUGGAGAUCAAACAGCAGGUCUAAUAUUUUCUUUCUUUUUUUUCUUUUUUUUUUUAAAGAACUUUCAGUGUUCUAAAAAGUACAACUGCAUGCAGAGCAUUCCCGUUUGAAACGAUGCCAAAAAUGAGGUAAUAGUUUUUUUUUCAUAGCAUUUUUGUGUUAUUUCUAAAUAAAUAAAUUAUGAUUCAGGCAUCCUCCAAAAAAAAAAAGCUAUACAAAUUAAAUACAUACCCACGAUAUCUACAGUUAGUAAUAAAUUAUGAUUGUUAAAUACUUAAGGCAUCUCAACUGACAAAACACCCUGUGUAAACUAUGAAAAACGUCGUCACAGAUGACUCCACUAAAAGAGGAGGCAGUGUCAACACUGGCAGUGCACGAGACAAAAAAAAAAAAAAAA